AUGUCUUCAGGAUCCUCUUCUUGCAGUUCAUGUGCCCACUUGGAUUUCAAGCUCCUGACGAGUGAAUAUGUAACACAGGCAGCAGUGUUGGCCACUCAAACUUUUAGUUCAGGAGAGCCAUUGUCUAAAGCCUUGAAAUUCUCUCCUUUGGAUAUUUAUUAUUUCAUGGAACAUUAUGCCAAGAUUGCUGCUCGUGAUGGUUUGGGUGCUGUUGCUGUGGAUAGAAAAUCAAAUAUGGUUGUUGCUGCAAUAAUAGGAGAAGAUUUAGUCAAGGGAGCAAAAGAAGGAGCAAAGGAAAUUGAAGAUCACUACUCUGUAGAUGCUCCACUCUUUAAAGUUUUUGGAUUAUUGGAUCAUCUUCAUGAAAAGUAUUGGGAAUUGAAUACAAAUCAAUCAAAAGAAGCAUUCUAUGUACCUGAAAAUAUCUCCAAAGUACUGCACAUCUAUGUUGGAGCUUCAUAUGAAUUUGCUAGACGUGGAGGUGUUUCAUUCGAAUUGUCCAAAUUUCUAUUGAGAAGUGUUCGUGAAAGAGGCUAUACAAUGGCACUCUCGGAAGCUACAUCAGCCUACUCACAAGGAUUGAGAAGAAAAUUGGGUUUUGAAAGCAAGGCCUCUAUCUCAUAUUCUGAUGAAGAAACCCAGAAGAAAUUCCCUUUUACUGCCUUGAUAGAAGAACCACACAAAUCUGUGGAAAUGAUGUGGUGUAUGGAUUUAAACUCUAAUUCAAUUAUUAAUAAUUAA